AUGGAUUUCUCAUCUGAUAUGAACAAUUACGAAAAUCUUUCGACCAAAGAUCGUUGUAUUUCAAGUCUUUUAGAGUUGUAUAAACGCGAUUAUGAUGUUGGAAAAUUCUUAAAGAAAUACGAAAAUUCUUCAAUCAAAUUAAGUGAAGAAGAUUCCAAUGAAAUUCUUCUUAAAAUUUAUGACAAAUACUUAAACCAAAUGUAUUCAGUUGAUAAACAAUUGAUCGAUGUUAAUAAACUAAUUUCCAAGCUCAAUUCUUACACUAACAAGAUAAAGACAAUUAAUAAUGCAUGGAAUAAUUACAUUGUCAAGAACAAUAGAAAGUAUGACAUAAACUUACCAAUAAGAUUUCCAGAGUAUCCCAAAGCAAUUAUUCUUGAUUUCUGUUCCAAGAAAUUCAACAAAAUCUUCAAAGAUAUUAAAGAACUGGCAGAUCAAUUUUCCGACAAUUCACUUUAUAUGAAUUUGACUCAAACAGUAAACACAAAAUAUUUAGAUGCUAUAGAUUGCAUUCAUAGUGAAUACAUUGAAGAAGAAUAUGUAGAUAAGUUCCCAGCGCAAGGUUUGUUCUUAAUCAAAAACCCUGAUUUCUUAAAUCUCAUUGACAAAUCAAAGAAGAAUUUAACAUUUGGUUUGUUCAUGCUUAGAAUUGUAUCUUCUAUCAAUCAAAUCACUUUCGAAUCGGACAAACUUACAACUGAAAUGAAAGUAGUCAUCAAUAAAAAGUUACAAAGUUUGUUGGCUGAAAAUGAAAAUAAGAAAUCAAUCAUUGUUUCAUUAUCAUUGUCAGAUCCGCCAUAUUGUUUCAAGAAAUUCUUCACUUCCUUGUUGCAUGACUCGAUUGUCCAAGCAGCAACAUAUUCGAACGAUUCUGAAUAUGUAAUCAAAAUCAAUAAAUUCUUCAAACAAUACUUGGAUAAUUGUUUGAAACUAUGCAAACCUUUGACAGAAGAAAAAUGGAAUUCAUUUAUUCAGAAUCAAUCAUCUCUCCUUUUGAAUCCAGUUGGAUUUUUCAUGAAUUACGCUAAUUCAGAGAUUGAAAAAUUGAAAGAAACAAUAAAACAAAAAGAAUAUAAGAUUCAAAGCUUACUGUCUGAUCUUGAAACUGCAGUUAUGUAUAAAGAUCCAAUCACAUUUUUGAGAACUAACUAUUCUGCCAUUAACUACUAUGAGAUCUAUUCAAGCUGCAUGUGGUCAAUUUUGGACAAAAUUACAGAGUUCGAUUGGUAUGAAGAUCCAACAGAAAUUACAGAAUUUUUUGAUGCCUCUAAGUUAUACGAGUUCUUGAAAUGA